CUCAACGGGAAUAGUUGUUCCUUCAGUCUGUUUUUUGUUCAUCGCGUAAGGCCUUAUGCAGUUGUGCAGAUAAGGCUUCAGUUUAUCUAUCCACAUUUGUUUUCUGUAAUUUAAACACAGUUUUGUUUGAUCGGUUGCUAGCUGGCUAGCUCUGAUCGCCUUGGAAAAGUAAUCGUUUCGCUGAUACUGUUAGCCUAGCUAAUUAUCCUGCGAAGAGAUCAUAGAGCUGUAGGUUCUUUUAGCCAUUUAUUUUCAUGGACACCAGGCCAACUAAUUGGCCUUUGUUCAGUAAAUCCAAAAUCAUUUUUUGACUCACACGGACAGCUACUUCAGUGACAUUUCAGGCGCUGUAUUUUCCGAGCUUUGCCUUCUUAGCUCGUAUUAUACCCAAAGGAGAAGUCCAAACAAACAAAGAAGGUUUUGUACAGAGGCUAGGUUAGCUAGCAAAAUAUUGCUGGCUGGCUAGCUGGCUUGCUAGCUACGUUAGCUAAACAGUGCAGUUGCAUUGAUUCAAAGUUAGAUAAUCAGCCGAAUAUCUUCCAAAGAUGGCUCAACACAGUACUUCUCAGGUUGCUAGCUCGCAAAAAGCUUUAAUGCUUGAAAUGAAAAGUCUUCAAGAGGAACCUGUCGAAGGAUUCAAAAUAACACUGGUGGACGAAGCUGACAUGUACAACUGGGAAGUAGCCAUUUUCGGACCCCCCAACACACAUUACGAAGGAGGAUAUUUUAAGGCCAGAAUCAAGUUCCCCAUCGAUUAUCCAUAUUCUCCACCAGCCUUCCGUUUCCUCACCAAAAUGUGGCACCCCAACAUCUAUGAGAAUGGUGACGUGUGCAUCUCCAUCCUGCACCCCCCAGUGGACGACCCCCAGAGUGGAGAGCUGCCCUCAGAGAGGUGGAACCCAACGCAGAACGUCAGGACCAUCCUGCUGAGUGUGAUCUCGCUGCUGAAUGAGCCCAACACCUUCUCUCCAGCCAACGUGGACGCCUCCGUCAUGUACCGCAAGUGGAGGGACAGCAAGGGCAAGGAGCGGGAGUACGGAGAAAUCAUCAGGAAACAGGUGUUGGCCACUAAAGCGGAUGCGGACCGUGAUGGCGUGAAGGUGCCCACGACGCUGGCGGAAUACUGCGUGCGCACGCGAGCCCCGGCCCCUGACGAGGGUUCCGACCUGCUGUACGAUGAUUACUAUGACGACGACGAUCUGGAGGACGAGGACGACUGCUGCUACGCCGAAGACGACUCCGGCAACGAGGAGUCAUGACGCCAUGGGGACGCGUGAUCUCUACGCAAACGACCCCCCCCCCCAUCUCACGACUCCCCCAU